UCAAGAGAGAGAUCCAAGAGUUAAAGCAGAAUAUGAAGCACAAGAACAAAAACCUCUUAAAAAAUAUGUUAUAUCAAACUGCCAAGUUAGAUAUUGGCCAGAAGAUACCUCUAACAGUGAAGGGUCUUUAAAUAUGAUAAAUGAAGUUGCUUUAUUGGAUCAGGAUAUUGGUUCAAUAGGUGGUGAAUUAUCGGAUAUUCCUGGUCAAGCAGCUACCCAAAGGUUUUCAUAA